AUGGAAAUACAUCUUAAUAUGUCACCCUAUAAAAAUCUAUGUUCUUUACUUUCAUCAUUAUGCAUAGACUAUAAUAUCGACUGGUAUUUAGUGGAAAAUGAUAUACCAAAAAAAUGGCGUGUUUAUGGUGAUAUGUUGUUAAUUUCAAAUCGUUAUUUUUCGAAUGAUUUAUGGAAACAAAUUCCAAAUGAAUUAUUAUGGCAAAGUGUGUGCAAAGCAUUUUCUUCAAACGUAAAACGUAUUGGAUUAGAAGGUGUAAUUAAAAAUAAUGAUUAUCGUUCACCCACAACUCGAUUAGUUUAUGGAAAUGAUCCGUGGGUGUUGCUGAUUGAAAAUGGAAUUAGAUUUACGUAUAAUAUUGAAAAAUGUAUGUUUUGCGCUGGAAAUAAUACAGAAAGAAUGCGUGUAGGCACAUUUGAUUGUUCAAACGAAGUUAUUGUUGAUUUGUAUGCUGGUAUUGGUUAUUUUACAUUAGCCUAUUUAGUUCAUGCUCGUGCUUCUCAUGUUUAUGCAUGUGAAUGGAAUUCGGAUGCCGUUGAAGCAUUGAAGCGAAAUUUAAAAUUGAAUCAUGUUGAUGACAAAUGUACAGUCCUAUAUGGAAAUAACGAAGAAACGUGUCCAUUGAGAGUGGCUGAUCGUGUGAAUCUUGGUUUGAUUCCAUCUAGUGAACAAAGUUGGCCAGUGGCAUGUCGCGCAUUGAAAUGUGAAGGUGGACAUUUACAUGUACAUGGAACGAUAUCAACGAUAAAAGUGAAGGAAAAUCAAACGUUGACAGUUAAAGAUGUAUGGAAUGAAUGGGGUGAAUAUGUGAGAAAUGAAAUUCUAAAAUUAAUGUCUAAAUUAUAUUCACAUACGAACUAUAAAUGUGAUGUUGAACAUAUUGAAUGUGUAAAACCUUACGGACCACAUUUAGAUCAUUUAGUAGUCGAUUUAUAUGUUCAGAAACUUUGA